AUGAUGUGUGGAGAAGUGACGAGGACAGACGCUUUUGAAAAGGAUGUGAUAAUUACAGUGUUUGGAGCCUCAGGGGAUCUUGCCAAGAAGAAGACGUUCCCAGCACUGUAUGGAUUGUAUCGCGAGGGGUACCUGGACGACAGCACGAAGAUUAUUGGGUAUGCUCGGUCGGAGCUAUCUGAUGCGGAGCUGCGGGAGCGCGUCAAGCCGUACUUGAGCAAACCAGACGACGCAGCGAGUGAGGCCAAGCAAGCCGAGUUCCUGGAGAGGAUGAGCUACGUAGCUGGGCCUUACGACAAGGAGGAGGGGUACGUGCAGUUGCGGGAGCAGAUUGAGGCUUACGAGCGCGAACGGGGCGUUGAGAAACCUCACAGGUUGUUCUACUUGGCGCUUCCUCCCAGUGCGUUUGUCAGUGUUGCUGAGAAAAUCAAGCAGUUCCUCUAUGCGGAGGGCGGCGUUACAAGGUUAAUUGUGGAAAAGCCCUUUGGCCAUGACCUGGAGUCGUCUCGGAAGUUGCAAAAGCAGCUGGAGCCUCUGUUCCGUGAGGAGGAGAUAUUCCGGAUUGACCACUACUUAGGAAAGGAGAUGGUCAAGAACCUGCUACCUCUGCGGUUUGGUAAUGCGUUCUUCAAUGCCUCCUGGAAUAAGGAAAAUAUCCAGAUGAUCCAGAUCUCGUUGAAGGAACCAUUUGGGACGGAAGGCCGUGGAGGUUACUUUGACUCCACUGGUAUUAUAAGGGACGUCAUGCAGAACCACUUGCUCCAAGUACUAACUUUGCUAACCAUGGAGAGGCCAGUAUCUUUUGAUCCGGAGAGCAUACGUGACGAGAAAGUCAAGGUGCUGAAGGCCAUCGUUCCUCUUGACCACGAAGACAUUUUGAUUGGACAGUACGGCCGAUCUGAAGAUGGUACAAAGCCUGCUUACUUAGAUGACGAGACUGUCAGCAAGGACUCUAAGUGCGUGACAUUUGCCGCGUUGACCUUUAAUAUCCAGAAUGAGCGGUGGGAUGGAGUUCCUAUUGUCAUGCGUGCAGGGAAGGCAUUGAACGAAGGUAAGGUUGAGAUCCGUAUUCUAUACAAGCGCGUGGCGCGGGGUAUUUUUAACGAUAUUCCAAACAAUGAGCUAGUUGUCCGUGUCCAGCCAGAUGAGGCCAUAUACUUGAAAUUCAACGCUAAAACACCGGGGUUGGAUUCGAAUUCCCAAAUUACGGAGCUUGAUUUGACUUACUCGAAGAGGUAUAGGGACUACUGGAUUCCGGAGGCUUACGAAUCUCUGUUGCGGGAUGCUUUGCUGGGCGAUCAUUCGAAUUUUGUGAGAGACGAUGAGUUGGAUAUCAGCUGGAAGCUGUUCACCCCUCUCUUAAAUUACCUUGAGGGCCCAGACAGCCCUCGGCCUGAAAUUUAUAAGUAUGGUUCUCGUGGGCCUGAUGGUCUAACCAAGUACUUGGAGAAGCAUCAGUAUGUCUUCGAAAAGAGCGGGCUUUACCAGUGGCCUGUCUCGUCCCCAAAAGAAAAAGCAAGUUUGGAGCCACGGUUAUGA